CGCUUCUUCGCCAAGAUGGUCGCUUCUUCACCAAGAUGGCCGCUUCUUUACCAAGAUGGUCGCUUCUUCACCAAGAUGGUCGCUCCUUUACCAAGAUGGCUUCUUCCAGUCACAUCCACAUGGGUUGGGACAGGAAGUGGGUCUGCGAGAGGUCAGGAGACAAAGCCUGAGCUUCAGCAACAGGAAACGAAGAUGGGAAUCCUGCAUUUUUACACGGGCCUGUGUUCCCUGCCGCCGACGGACCCAGGCAGUCAUCUCUUGCACCACGAAAGUGGCCCGGCGGGGAAAGUGAGGGCUGUCUCCCUCGAGUUGUGUUACAAUGUGGACUGGACAGAGGCCACGGACCCCAGCGAUGAGCAGAGACAGAGGCUACGAUGGCUUUUCACCUCCCCCUUUGACCCAGAAGCUAUCAGCACCGACCCCUCCUUGAGAGAUGUUCCCAACAGCUUCCUGGUGGAAAUCGGACCUCGGUUAAAUUUCUCCACUGCCUGGUCGACCAAUGCUGUCUCAAUCUGUCGCUCUCUCGGUCUCCCAGCCAUCGAUCGUGUCGAGUGCUCUCGACGUUACCUCAUCCAGCUGAGUGAGGGAGCGUGUCUGAGCUCGGGGGAGCGAACGGGAAUGACGGCCAGACUUUAUGACCAGAUGACGGAGUGCGUUUAUGCUCAGCCCAUCACCAGCUUCUCAGUCAGCGCUCAACCGGUUCCCGUCAGCGAGAUCGAUGUGGUGGGGACUGGGAAGCUGGCGCUCGAGAGAGCGAACCAACAGCUCGGUCUGGCGUUUGAUGAGUGGGAUGUGGACUUUUACACAAAUCUCUUUCAGAAGAUUAGGAGGAAUCCAACCAGCGUGGAGUGCUUCGACCUGGCUCAAUCCAAUAGUGAGCACAGUCGACACUGGUUUUUUAAAGGCCAGCUCAGGGUUAAUGGUGAGGAAAUGAAAGCCAGUCUUUUCGAUCAGAUAAUGAAAACCCAGAAUCACAGCAACACCAACAACAUCAUAAAGUUUUCAGACAACAGCAGUGCCAUAGAAGGGAGAUCUGUGACCUGUCUGUAUCCCAACAACCCAACUCAGGCCAGUCACUACAGCCAGAGACACACAACCAGGCAUCUAGUCUUCACCGCAGAGACUCAUAACUUCCCCACAGGUGUCGCCCCAUUUAGUGGAGCGACAACCGGAACGGGGGGAAGAAUACGCGAUGUCCAGGCGACCGGUCGCGGGGCACAUGUGAUCGCGGGAACGGCCGGUUACUGUUUCGGUAAUCUUCUCUACCCUGGACAUGAGGAGCCCUGGGAAGAUCAGGAAUUCCCGUAUCCGGGGAAUUUUGCCCGUCCACUGGAGAUCGCCAUCCAGGCCAGCAACGGAGCCUCUGAUUACGGCAAUAAAUUUGGGGAACCUGUCCUGGCAGGUUUUGCCCGCUCCUUUGGGAUGAGCUUGCCGACGGGUGAGCGGAGGGAGUGGGUUAAACCCAUAAUGUUCAGCGGGGGAAUUGGAACGAUCGAGGCUGAACACGUCCAGAAAAAGACCCCGGAGCUUGCAAUGGACGUGGUGAAGAUCGGGGGUCCUGUGUAUCGCAUCGGAGUGGGGGGAGGAGCUGCCUCAUCUAUUCAGGUCCAGGGGGACAGCUCUGCGGAGCUGGAUUUCGGAGCUGUCCAGCGAGGAGACCCUGAGAUGGAGCAGAGAAUGAACCGGGCAGUGAGAGCGUGUAUCGAGACAUCCCGGGGGAACCCUAUCUGCAGUAUCCAUGAUCAGGGAGCGGGGGGCAAUGGGAAUGUGUUGAAGGAGCUGAGUAUGCCAGCAGGAGCGAUAAUUUAUACUAGUAAAUUCCAGGUGGGAGACCCCACACUGAGCGUGAUGGAGAUAUGGGGAGCAGAAUAUCAGGAGAGCAACGCGCUACUGAGCCGGGCCGAGGACAGAGAAUUCCUGCGGAGUGUGUGUGAGCGAGAGAAGUGUCCCAUCGACUUUGUGGGGAAAAUAACCGGUGACGGCAAGAUUGUUCUUGUGGAUGACAGAGAGCAGGCUGGGGCAGAGGGCAGCGGGGAGCCUGACACGAGCCCGCGAUGCGGUGAAACACGGCAUCCUGUGGACCUGGAACUGGACUGGGUGAUUGGAAAAAUGCCACAGAAGAAGUUUGUACUGAAUGGCAUGAAGCCCACCCUUCUCCCUCUGACGCUCCCCGCAGACCUGAGUGUACGUGACGCGCUCUCUCGGGUCCUGAGGUUGCCCAGUGUGGCCAGCAAACGCUACCUCACCAACAAGGUUGACCGCUCAGUGACAGGGCUGGUGGCCCAGCAGCAGUGUGUGGGGCCGCUGCACACGCCACUGGCUGACGUUGCUGUGGUCGCACUCUCGCACUUCGACACGGUUGGUGGGGCCACCGCACUGGGGGAGCAGCCGGUGAAGGGGAUGAUCAACCCUGCUGCCGGGGCCCGCAUGGCGGUAGCCGAGGCCCUCACCAACCUGGUCUUCGCCCGUGUCACCCACCUCAAGGACGUGAAGUGCAGUGGGAACUGGAUGUGGCCGGCCAAGCUGCCAGGGGAAGGGACGUCUCUGUACGAAGCGUGUCAGGCCAUGUGCCAGGCCAUGCAGGAGCUCGGCGUGGCUCUGGACGGUGGGAAAGACUCCCUGAGCAUGGCUGCCAGAGUGGGCUCCCAGACCGUCAAAGCUCCUGGGUCGCUGGUGAUCUCAGCUUACGCUGUCUGUCCCGACAUCACUGCCACCGUCACCCCUGACCUCAAAAACCCAGAAGGGAAAGGAGUGUUGCUCUAUGUCCCAAUCUCCCCUGGUCACCACCGUUUGGGUGGGGGAGCGCUCGCUCAAGUCUUCUCUCAGCUGGGAGACAAAUGCCCUGACAUGGACAAUGCACAAAACCUCAGCUCCUGCUUCAACGUCACACAGAAACUAUUACAAAUGGGGCUUCUGUGGGCUGGCCACGAUGUGAGUGACGGGGGGCUCCUGGUCUGUCUGCUCGAGAUGGCUUUCGCCGGCAACUUUGGAGUCAAUGUGGAUUUCAGCACCGAAGGCGAGAGUGUGUUGGAGCUGUUGUUUGCGGAGGAGCUGGGGCUGGUCCUGGAGGUGUCAGCGGGGGAUGAGGAGCGAGUCCGGUGUCAGUACAUGGACGUGGGUUUGCGGUGUCUCACUCUUGGACACACAGGAGCAGCUGGUCCCUCUGCUAUGGUGUGUGUGACUGUGGACGGGCAGACAAUUGUAGAGGAGCCUCUCUCUGGUCUGCGGAAUGUGUGGGAACGGCCCAGUUUCCUGCUGGAGCGGCUGCAGACAGACGUGGGGAGUGUGGAAGAGGAGGAGGCAGGGCUGAGUCAGCGGCUGGGACCCUGCUACAGCCUCUCCUUCGACCCCGCGCACGACCCCCGGCCCCCCAAGCACAUCGGAGAUGUGUCUCCCCGUGUCGCCGUGAUCCGCGAGGAGGGGAGCAAUGGAGACCGAGAAAUGGCGGCCGCGCUGUACAUGGCGGGAUUCGAGGUCUGGGACGUAACGAUGACAGACGUGUGUCACGGGUCGAUCACGCUUGACAUGUUCCGUGGUCUCGUGUUCGUCGGGGGCUUCAGCUACGCGGACGUCCUGGGGUCAGCGAAAGGCUGGGCAGCCACGGUGCUGUAUAACCCGCGAGCACGGGCACAGUUUGGGAGUUUCCGAUCGCGUACGGACACCUUCUCUCUGGGGGUGUGUAAUGGCUGUCAGCUGCUGGCCCUGCUGGGCUGGGUGGCUCCCGAGACUGAGGCUGAGCCCAGCAACGUGGACGGACCCGCUCUCCCUCAGGGAGUGUUAUUGACACCGAACCGCUCCGGCCGUUUUGAGUCUCGCUUUGUGUCAGUGUCAGUGCUGCCCAGCCCCAGCCUGAUGCUUAGGGGGAUGGAGGGCUCCACGCUGGGCGUCUGGGUCGCUCACGGCGAAGGCCGGAUGUCUUUCCGUUCCCCGGACACGCUGAGCCGUGUGCUGGCUGGAUCUCUCGCCCCGUUACGCUACGCUGACGAUAAGGGGUCUCCCACGGAAACUUACCCCCUGAACCCCAACGGCUCAGAGCUGGGCAUUGCAGGGCUUUGCUCGGCCGAUGGCCGGCACCUGGCGUUGAUGCCCCACCCGGAGCGGUGUGUCCGGCUCUGGCAAUGGGCCUGGGUUCCCCCUGGCUGGAACCGCUCCCACUCUGUCUCCCCCUGGCUCCGGGUGUUCCUGAACGCCAGUGCCUGGUGCUGCCAGUCCCAAUCCACCUGAGAUGUUAACCCCACUGCCGGUUUUAUCUCCAACCACUCACGCACACACAUCCUCUUGCACGCGCACACUUACAAGCGCUCACGCACAGUCACACUGAUGCUCACACUUGCGCAUUCUCGCACACAGUCACACUCACGCAUGCAUUGUCUCACAGGCACAUCUGAAGCACACACACGCACGCAGACAGUCACCCUCACGCAUUCGCUCACACAUACACACACUAACACAUUCACUUACACACCCAUUGUCACGCACACUCAUACACAAACACAUGUAUGCACACGUGCACACCCAUGCAUUCUCUCGCAUUCACACGUGCAUUCUCACACACACACACACACACGCAGUUCUAUCGCCUGCUGUCUUUUGUGCCUGUUUCAAAAUUGUAGUCAUACUUCCAACCUCGAAAAUAACUUUUCAAAUAAAUAUAUGAAUUAUAAGAACAUCAUUUUCUCCCUCUGGUUAAUUAGAGACAGAGUAAAGCUCCCUCUGCACUGUCCGUCCACACUCC